AUGUCCUCAACCAAUACCGAAGAACGUAUCCGCAAAUUCUGGCAAGACAAGCAGCGCCAAGAGCACGCGAAGAUGCGUCUUUGCGACGACCUGCAGCGCGAGGCCGUCACCUACAACAACAAAGCCCUCCACUAUCGGCAAGAGCGAGAUUUCUUCCAAUCAGUUCGAAAUGGCGUCCGUAGGCAGGAGGCUCAACUUUCGCUUGUACCCAUUAUCCCGAAUCGGCAAUUCGCUAAUGAGCUAUUGCAGGAACAAUGGUCAGCGCACGCGGUCGGCAAACACUACGACCUAGGGAAGCAGAUCCAAAAGCUCGUCGUCAUUACCGCGGCCCGCAAGAAGCUUCAAGAACAACUCGGUAUGCCUGCUACUGAGGAUGGAUAUGUUGACUGCGGUAAGCAUGCUGGAAUCGGGUCAGUCACGCACUCAGACUACGAUCAAGAUCCUUUGCUAACUUUUGAGUAG